AUGUAUUCAUGGUCACGCACAGCGCUGACGUUCUCUCUGGUUCUGGCGUUUGGCGACGUCGACAGUCGUCAACUCUCUCUCUCUCUCUCUCUCUCUCUCUCUCUCUCUCUCUCUCUCUCUCUCUCUCUCUCUCUCUCUCUCUCUCUCUCUCUCUCUCUCACUCGUUCUCACGCUCGUGACUGUUGUGGCUCCUGUUUGGAGCGACACUUGAUCUCCGCUUCGGCCGACGCAAGGGCUUUGGCGGGGGUGCGGAAGUGCUGGCGGGUCGUCGUGACAGUCGUGACCGAGGCCGUAGUCGUGACCAUGAGCGACGGGAAUAUAGCCGAGACCGUCGCGAUGACCGAUAUCGCCGCGAUGACCGAGACCGCCGCGACGACCGAGACCGCCGCGAUGACCGAGACCGCCGCGACGACCGAGACCGCCGCGACUACGGUCGGGAUCGUCGGCCUUAUGACGACGACCGGCGUCGAGGUGCUGAACCGCGCCGCGAAUCCUACCACAGUGGCCCACCUUCCGAGUUUCGUGGGCGUGGAGGUGGCGGCGGCGGUCGUCGAGGUGACGGUAGUGGAUGAAGCGUUUCUCGAGCAGCGCCGCCUUAAGCGGGCUGAGCUAGCAGAAAAAAUUGUGACGGGCGUAUGGGCCCCUUCCCCAACCCCCCCAGAAAAGAUUGAUGAUGACAGUGAAGACGACCGUCGCCGUCGGCACCAUGUGUAUUCCAGCGAUGAUUCAGACAGCGAAGUCGAGGCGGAGCGUCGGCAGCGCAAGCGUGACAAGAAGAAGCAUAAGAAGGAAAAGCGGUCGAAAAAGUCGAAAAAGUCGAAAAAGUCAAGACGCCGUCGUGACAGCUCAGAUAGCUCAGAUAGUCGCUCAGCUUCUGAGGAUGAGUGGGUUGAACCAGAGGCAAGUGCAAAGGCCGUGGUACCGGCGGACGACCACGACGAUUAUUCAGACGAGAGUGAAGACGAGGUGAUUGGCCCAGAGCCAUUUACCAAAGCACAACUCAAGCGUCGCGAUCUCGGUGGUGCGCUUUUGGCGGGCGAGGGUGAAAACAUGUUGGCAUACAUUGAAGAAGGCAAGCGUAUUCCGCGUCGUGGUGAAAUCGGUUUGACGUCAGACGAGAUUGCCACCUUUGAGGACCAAGGUUUUAUCAUGUCGGGCAGCAGGAACCGACGCAUGGAAGCCGUGCGUUUGCGAAAGGAGAACCAGAUUUUGGAUGCCGACGCCCGUCGAACCGUGGCCAUUCGCCACCAGGAAGAGCGUGCCAAGCGCGAAAACUCAAUCAUGUCCGACUUUCGCGAACUGCUGUCCAAGGGUCAGCGUCAAGCCGACAUGCGCCUCGACCGCAUGUAA